CUAUUAACUUAUUUCAAUAUUGUCUAAGGCUCAUCAAUUGCUGUUAUUUUGGAGCUCGACCAGAAUUUAGCUGUGAUCAUAUCUGCCUGUAUCGCCGCUGUUUAUACUUUGUUUGGAGGCCUCUAUUCGGUAGCUUACACUGACAUCGUGCAACUUAUUCUGAUUUUCGUCGGACUUUGGUUAGCAGUGCCGUUUGCAAUGACCCAUGAAGCCGUGGUGCCCAUAUCGGAAACAAAAGAUGAGUGGCUUGGAGACUGGGAUAACAAAUUAGUUGGGGUGUGGCUAGAUAAUUGGAUGCUUCUGAUCUUUGGCGGGGUACCGUGGCAGGCCUACUACCAGCGAGCCCUUGCCACCAAGACGCCAGACCUUGCCGUAAAGCUGUCGUACGCGGCAACCAUAGGGUGCUUGGUUAUGGCUAUCCCAGCUGUCAUCUUUGGUGCCGUUGGUGCAAGUACUGAUUGGGAGAUGACGAAUGUUAACUUAAACAAGACAGAUCCCUAUGAGGAUGCAAGCUUGGUCCUUCCUCUUAUCAUGCAGUUUCUUACCCCUCCUUUUAUCGCUUUCAUGGGACUGGGAGCCAUUUCAGCAGCGACCAUGUCGUCGACCGACUCAUCUGUUCUCUCAUCCAGUUCUAUGUUCGUAAGGAACAUCUAUUCGACCAUCUUCCGACCAAAGGCUUCUGACAAAGAAAUUAUUUGGGUGUUGCGAUGCACUAUCGUUGUCGUCACAGCGAUCGCCACAAUCCUAGCCCUGACGCUCAAGUCUAUUUACACCCUCUUCGUUCUCUGCUCCGACCUCGUGUACGUCAUCCUCUUCCCUCAGCUGAUCUGCGUCGUCCAUGUGCCCAAGGCGAAUACCUACGGUCUCAUUCCCGGCCUCAUCAUCGGACUCAUUCUCCGCCUCGGUGGUGGUGAGGAAGCAAUAGGCAUGCCGCAUUUCAUUCGUUACCCAUUUUACGACGACGAUUACGGUCAGCUCUUUCCAUUUCGAUCGCUGGCCAUGCUGGUGUCGCUGAUCACGACCCUUGCCUUUUCUUACGGUGUCGCCCUCCUGUUCGAGAAGGGCUACGUGAGUGAGAAAUGGGAUAUCUUCGAUAGCUUUCACGUCGACGACGAAAAUGAAAAGAAUGAAAAACAUCCGGUAGCCGAAUACGAACUGCAGGGCCCGGAAGAAAAAAAUGAAAAUGAAAAGUUUCUAUAGCUCUGAUAUAUCCAUUCUUGUAAAUAAUUAUCUGAUUAGACCUAUUUGCACGUAGGUAAUUAAUUUAUGGCGUUAUUGUGAAUAUAAAUUGGAAAACACAAAAACAUGUUUAGCGUCCAGCCAUUUUGAAAAAUGGACAGCCCUUUUUUUUCAAAAUGGCCGCCAGUUGAUAAUGAAAUUCUUUUCCCUUAAAAAUCAUUUAUAUUUAUAUUUUUCGAGAUUUACAAAAGAAAAAAAAGUGGUGGCCCACUAAUGAGGAAGGGGUCUCUAAACAUGUACAUUUUUAUAUGACCUAGCUAUAUAUUAGAGGGUUGCGGCAAAUGACGGAAAUUUGCAUAAUAAAAAGCCUUAGUCUGUUAGUCUGAAUUGAUUUUUUUCCAAUGAAUGAAUUGCUUUGCAUUCAUGUACACUGUAAAAAGCACUGUUUAAUUUUUAAGUACGUUUUUUAAGCCCGUCACUCUUUUAACCAACUGUUUAAACUUUUUAAACAAGUUGUUUUUAAAAAAAUACAAAAAAUUAAACAUUGUUAGAGUGACAGGCUUAAACAACGUGCUAUUUUUUUUUACUUUACAUGAUGUGUCAAUUUAUUGCCGUGAUUCUAAUUUGUUUACUUAUCUGCAGCAUACUGAAUGUGUUUAAUUGUUACCCUCAUUGAUCUCACCUUGUUAUCAAGUUAUAUUAUCUUAAAAAUUAAAUGGAUUAGUGACAGUGAAUGAAUGGUGAUUUGAUUGAGACUCGACCCUUUUAAUAGUAUUUUGCUAUGACUUUGCAUGCGUGUCGUGGUCUAGUGUUUCCGACUCUCGCCUUUCAAACAGAGGGUCGUGGGUUCGAUUUCUAACCAUGGCGUGUUUUCCUCCAGCAAGAAAUUUAUCCGCACUGUUCUGCACUCGACCCAGGUGAGGUGAAUGGGUACCCGGCAGGAUUAAUUCCUUGCAUGCACUGAGCGCCGGUGAUGGUAGCUCGAGUUAAAGCCGGGGUAAUAAUAGCAGCGCUUUGUAUCCUCAGGCAAAAAGCGCUUUAUAAAUACAGCUAUUAUUAUUAUUAUUA